UUCCUGCGGCAGGGGAGGGCGGGGUUGAUGACGUACCUCUCGUGAGGUUUGCGGGCAAUGUGUCAAUCCCGGGGUCCGCGCUGCAUCUGUGUGCAGAGCAGGAGCUGAGAGCCCACUUUUUCAGAAGGGGUGCAAUGGAUGGUGCAUUUGGAUCGGUUUGUAUAGUCUCUGAUAAAAAUGAAAUACCAGCACUUGGAGAAGAGCAUCCUGAAGAUAGAAUUUACCAAAAAAAAGUGCAGGAUAUUAGUAGAAAGUAUUCUUUCUUCAGAAGAACACUUGGUGAUGGGAACUGCUUUUAUCGAGCUUUGAGCUUUGCUUACUUGGAAUCAUUACUUGGAAGUAAAAAGGGAAUACAAAAACUUAAAAAGAAUUUAACGCGAAGUAGAGAUGAACUUUCAUCUGCUGGAUUUGCCGAAAGUAGAUUUGAAAAUUCUUUCACCACUUUUAUGGAUGUGAUUGACCUGGUGGAAACGGAUGGUUCGGUCUCAAAACUUCUUGCCGUUUUCAAUGAUCGUGGUGUUUCUGAUCACUUAGUGCAAUAUCUCCGACUGCUAACAUCCGCAUACUUGCAGAAACGGUCUGAGUUCUUCGAGCUUUUCCUUGAGGGAGGUGUAAGUGUUAAAGACUUCUGCACUCAGGAAGUGGAACCAAUGGCUAUGGAGAGUGAUCACAUUCAUAUCACUGCAUUGACCCAAGCACUGAAUUUACCAAUCCAAGUUGAAUAUAUGGACAAAACGGACACUGAAGUGAAUCAUCAUGUCUUUCCUGAGGGAUCGAAGCCUUUGGUUUACCUACUUUACAAGCCAGGCCAUUAUGACAUACUUUAUAAAGCAAAUAAACCAAAAUAGUCUUUGACCUGCCUUGUGAUAUCAGAACAGUUUGUGUUUGGGGAAGAGAAUAUCACUUUUGAUACAUUUAUGAACACAAUCUUUAAACCAGCUUUCUGCACAAUAUAAAAUGAAUGUUAAUCCCCAGAUGAAAAUGAAAUGAAUUUAGCAUUUUGUUGCCAUAUUUAUAAAGCAUGGUUGUAAUAUACUCUGUACAAAGGGCUAUCCCUUUCAAUGUAGCUUUUGUAGCAAAGAAUACAUUUCUGGUGUAAGCUUUAUAUAAUGCUUUUAAGUUUAGUUUUAAAAGUUAUAUCCUUUAAGCCAUCUAUUUCUCCUUGCCCCUUCAAUAACUCCUGUAUGCUAUCUGAUUUAUUUCUUGCUGAUACACAGCUAAUCAGUAUUUAUAGAUUGAGAGUCCUCCCAGAUCGGAAUGUUUUCCUCCUUAUGAGUCCCAGGCCAAGACUUGAAUCUUCAUUGAUGGUCCAGAAUUUUAAUGUUACAGUUACUGCUACUUUCUAACUAGUAAUUACAAGUAUAUUCCAUAUUGGCUUCAUUGCAGGUAAAAACCAAUAAUAGCAGUCUUGUAGUAGAUUAAAAUGGAUCACAGAUUAUUCAAUACUUUAUGCCGAAUAAGCAUAUAGUAUUUAAUUUGGAUUUUAAAACAAUUGUGUAAUAGUAUUAAUUAAUGUGAGAUACAAGACAGCUAUAGUGCAAAAUGAAUUCAUUGUUUACACAUAAUAAUAUACACCAAUCACAUAUAUUGUACCCUUGUCUCAAUCUUGCUUUACAGGCAUAUAUUGGAAGUAGUAAAUGGUUACAGUAUGACCAAAUUUUCUCUAAAUAAGCACUUCGCAAACUAAUGCAGUUCGCACUUUCAGGAAAGCUAAUUAACAUUUUAAAAACAUUUAUGCUUGUUCUUGAAUUUCACCAAGUGUGUGCAUUGUUGCAAUGACCCAACACAGGACAGUUGGCCUUAUUUUCUUUAGUAACCAGAAUUGUUAGAGCUGCCUUACAUAUUCUUGCGUAUCUGGACUUACUCUUUAUUUGAAAUGCUUUUAGAAGAUCUGUAUCUUCUGUUUUACUUUGAGGAUAUGGUUGUUUUAAUCUUCAUAUUGAAGACAACAGUACUGUACAAGUUCUGGGUUUUUAUUAAAUGCAAUAAAUGGUAUAGCCACUGAAUUAAACACUGA